GUGCUGUUAGGCGCAUUUCUUGUUUACAACCGGUUCAAUUUAAUAAAUAUAGCUUUUGUUUUAAUAAAUCGCCAAGGGAUUUAAACAAUCACACAUGGAUGCGUCGCCAGGAAAAUCUUCCGCCCUGAAUACAGACACCGAGGAAACUGGACUGAUUUCUCCGACUGUGGUGGCCGGCUUAAAGAACCUGGGUGCCAUCAUUUCGCUGCCACUCACCAAACUGCUCAUUGCAAAUUCCUUGAAAUUAACGCUCCAUCCAGAUGCAACCAUUGCUCCCGUGCCCGAGCUCUAUGCCAGCAAUGCCGCCUGCGCCAAACAGAGCGAGUACGCAGUGGUCACCCUCUACGCCCUGGCCACCAAGCACGGCUGGGAUGGUCAUCAACUGCGCCAGCAGCUGGAGCAACUUAACGUGGACCAAGCCGCCGUGGACGAGCUAAGUCGUGUUUACGAGGACAGCCGCAAGGAUUUGAUUCUCCGCCAACUGCAGAUAGGCCAUAGCUUUCCGCACAUUACGGACAUCCAGUGGCGCAUCGUGUGCGACGUCAAGUCGUCCACCUCGGACUGCAGCACGGGCGUGGCCAGCUUCCACAUCAAUCUGGGCAACUUCCGGCAAAGCAGCGGCGAACGGGUGACCAUCGUUGAGUUUGUCUGCAACGCCGAGGAGCUGCAGUCACUGAUUAAUCGUCUAAAGGAGAUCGAGCGGCACUGCCAGCAGAUGGCCGUGGUCUAGGGAAACAAACUCUUAACAUUCUUAUCGAUUAUAUUUCGCAGCAUAUAUAACACAAGCUUUGUCGGCUAUAUACAGUGUCGGAACAGAAAACCUAAACAGUUAACACAGUCAUCAUCACUAAAAAGGCUACGACUUCAUUAUUGGACUCUAAACUCCAAUGGCAUUCACUUUGGCGACCAUCCGCUGCCAUUUGCGUCAUUGGGCCACCUUGUGCGGCGGCGGCACCAGCAGCUCCACCAGCUGGUCAUAGUGAUUCGGCGCUGUGCAGUAGAUGGUGCCCGAGAAGCGGGUGCUGUCGUUCUCCUCAGCUGCAAUCACUGUGCAAUGGUUCUGUUGCGACAGCCGCAUGUUUAGACCACGGAAGCGGUGGUCCUGCUUGUAUAGAUAGGCGCCGUCCCGCGGCAUAAAGUACGGCCGGCCGCUAAACGGAUUCAGGAAGUCCGCCCAGUAGCCCAGCGAUAGCAGGCGAUCGCACAUGUCCCGCGCUGCCAGCACAAACUGCAAAUGGAGUUGUCAUUAGUUAUGUAUAUGGUGUCUUUUAGGUGUACUUUUGUGUAGAUAAUAGGCGAAUUCUAACCACUAAGUUUUCUGUUUUCUGAUUCUCAUAUUCUCGCAUGCAAUAUUUUAUACGAAAUUGUCAAAGCUCCUAGGAUUUCUACCUAAAUCUAAGUUAUUAGGUUCCUUGAACAGUGCUAUAAAUACAGCUAAUUAUAUUACUUAAGAAA